AUGGGCAUCACGGCGGCGCUUACCAACAGCAUUCACGAGGCGGAGGUGCUCAUGCUGCCCGUGGCGGGCGUGCUGGUUAUCCAUCAAAUGGUCGCCCAGAGUACCCCCCGGCCCAUCAGCCUCAGUACGAAUAUCCCCGCCAGCAGCCAUACCCUCAACAUAGCCCAGGAUAUCCCGCCCAGCAGCAACAACCUGCUGGCAGCAACUACCCUCCUCAGCAGCAGUGGCAUCAAGACCACGGACAUGGCGCCGCCCAGCAUGGCGCUCACGCUCCUACGCCUCUGUCGACUUCCAACUACCAUCCGAACUACGCUCCCCAGGUCUACGCUCAUCCUCAACACCCACAACAUCCUCAGCCGCCAUCUCACCAGCCAGCCUACGGGCCACAGCAGCCGCAACAACCACAGCAGCAACCCUACGCCCAACCGUAUCCCGCUCCUGCACCGUAUACCGCUGGCCAGCCGUGGGCUGGACACGAACCCCAUGCUCAAGGUCCCUACGGCGCUGGUCGCGGCCGAGGCGGUUACGGAAACGAUCGAGGCGGCUCCCGAGGCCGGUCGAGGUCGUGGUGGUCAUCGUGGUGGCAACCCACGUGGCCGUGGCUCGUUUCACGGCAACGACAGGGGUCGUCAUCGUCAACAGGGCAACAACAAUCACAAUCACAAUCAUAACAACCGACAAGACGGUGGAUUCCACCACAAGCAUGAUAAGCACGACAAUGCUGCCUCGGGUAAGAAGAAGAAGCGUAAGACUAACACCCUUGGUCUUACACCUGGCCAAGACUCGGAGUCGGAAGACGAUGAGAUGGAAGAGGAGACGCUUCGCAAGUUGAUAGGAGCAGAUGCACUACAGGUGACUGAUGUCGCUUCAUACAUUGCCGAGCGGAAGAAGCGCUUCCCCACGGCUGCGCGUGUCAAGGCCAAGAAGUCUGCCGAGACCACGCAAGGAAGUGGCAAUAAGAUCCAUUCCAGUCUGGAGAAGGAGGAAAAUCUCGCCAGCAAGCUCAGGAGACAACUGGAAAAGGUUGAAUCGUCUAUCAAGCGCAAGCGUGAACAGCAAGACGAGGGCGAUGAGAUGAGAGGCAGCCCCUCCAUUGACAUCAAGUCUGAAGACGAUGAGCCAGAAGUCGCGUCAAGUCGUGUUCAGCCGGCCCCCCCUCCACCCCCUCCUGCAAAAAAAGCAGACAUUUCAAAGCAUUGCAAGUACUACUCUACGGGAGGUACUUGCGGCAAGAAGGGCAAGUGCCGCUUCGUACAUGAUCCUGCUGUUAGGGAGGCAGCCAUGAAGGAGAGAGAGAUGAACAAUGGCCACCUCACCAUCCAGCAGCGCUUGAUCUUGAACGACAAGGACCAAGAGGACCUUACUGUUCUUCAAUCAAUUCAAUAUCUGCGGGAGAAAGGCCUGAUGAAGCCUGAAGAUCAGCCCAAUGGCACCAACGGGCACACUGGGUCACAGACCUCCCAUUCUCAGUCCCGCCAGCACCCCAGCAGUCUCCCUGCGGCACCUGCUUCUCUCCCAGCGCCGCCUAUGAAGCAUCACGGGCUUCCUCCCCACAAACCGCCUCCUUCUGCAGGCGGAUCUACGGUUCGAUACAAAGGCUGGAACUUGAGUGGAUAUGGGAACUCAGGUCUCAAGUCGGAAGAUCUCCCUUAG